CCAACCAUAGAGGUUUUAUCGCAACUUAUUCCACAGAUAUUUCGAUGGUGCAGUUAGACUCUGCUCCUAACCCAGCCGCUAUGUGAACUGCUCCAGAUCGGCUGCAGACUAUGGAUGAUGGAAUAGUGCCAGCUCCUUCUCCACCGGGAAGCUGUCAAGAAAACCCACUGGCCUUUCACCAGGGAGCUCACUCAGAACCAAGAAACUAAACAAAACAAUGUCAGGUAAAAAGAUCCAAGUUGGUUCUGUGGUGGAAAUGAAAGGAGAUGAGAUGACCAGAGUUAUAUGGGAACUGAUCAAAGAGAAACUCCUCUUCCCCUACCUGGAGAUAGACCUACACAGUUAUGACUUGGGAAUUGAGAACCGUGAUGCUACUAAUGACCAAGUGACCAUCGACGCUGCUGAAGCUAUUAGAAACUAUAACGUAGGAAUAAAAUGUGCAACCAUUACUCCUGAUGAAAGCAGGGUGAAGGAAUUCAAGUUAAAGAAAAUGUGGAAAUCACCCAACGGAACCAUCCGCAACAUACUUGGUGGCACAGUGUUUCGAGAAGCAAUCAUCUGUAGGAAUAUUCCUCGGCUGGUAUCUGGCUGGAUCAAGCCAAUCAUCAUUGGACGUCAUGCAUACGGUGACCAAUACAGAGCUGCAGACUUUGUUGUGCCUGGUCCUGGUUCAGUUGAAAUUAAAUACACGCCUGUUCAUGGUGAGCCUGUCACCUACUGUGUCCAUAAUUUUAAAGAUGGGGGAGGAGUUGCUCUGGGAAUGUAUAACACUGACUCCUCUAUUAGAGACUUCGCUCAUAGCUCCUUCCAGCAAGCUCUUGCUAAAGGUUGGCCUUUAUACAUGAGCACAAAGAAUACCAUACUGAAGAAAUACGAUGGACGAUUCAAGGACAUAUUCCAAGAAAUCUAUGAAAACCAAUACAAAGCACAGUUCGAGGCCAAAGGAAUCUGGUAUGAACACAGACUAAUUGAUGAUAUGGUAGCUCAAGCACUAAAAUCGGAGGGUGGCUUCGUUUGGGCCUGUAAAAAUUAUGAUGGUGAUGUGCAAUCUGAUUCUAUUGCACAAGGGUAUGGCUCACUGGGAAUGAUGACUAGCGUAUUACUUUGUCCUGACGGUAGGACAGUAGAAGCUGAGGCAGCCCAUGGUACUGUUACACGCCAUUACCGUAUGCACCAGCAGGGCAAAGAAACCUCAACCAAUCCAAUUGCUUCCAUCUUUGCUUGGACUCGAGGACUAUCCCAUAGGGCAAAGCUGGACAAUAACUCGGAGCUACAGACAUUCUGUACCUUAUUAGAAGGAGUUUGUGUAGAAACAAUUGAAUCUGGUUUCAUGACCAAGGAUUUGGCUGCAUGCAUCAAAGGACUACCAAAUGUGCAACGCUCUGAUUAUUUGAAUACCUUUGAAUUCAUGGACAAGCUUUCAGAAAAUCUGAGCUUGAAACUGGUAUCACACAAGCUUUAAAAUUGUUUAUGGAUGUAUGUAGAAGGUACACUACAAUAUUAAAAUUGGCUAUUAAAUGGUAGAUUGUCACUUGAAAUAAAAAGCCUAGAGAAUCAAAUAUAGCCAGUACACUUGAUAAGAAUCACAAUAAAUGUUAAAAUUGUAUUAAGCAUGAUUGUAUUUAGAACUUAAAAUGUUGAACAUUUGAAUACCACCACCAAGCAAUUUGAGUUAUUGCUAGUUUUUAUCAUGAUUUUAUACAGAUUGUGCAAGUAUUUAAUCAGGUAUGUUUACAUUACAACACUUUUCCAUGACUUUUGAUGAGUUGGAGUAUAUACAGUGCCUGCAAGAGGUACUAUUUAAGACAAAACUUUUAUGUCUACGUAAACCUUUAGAAAUCCAUAUUUCUUCAUACUUGUCACUGCAAUAUCAAUUUUUCAUUCCAUGUUCCCUCUGUACUUUAGUUUCUUUUAAGACUUGAAGGGGGAAAAGAAUGAGAGAAAUAUUUUGUUCAAAGCAGUUCCAUUUUAGAAUGCUAGCUUUUUGGGAUAAUUACUAAUUUUUUUUUGCCCUAACCAUUGGUAGCAACACUAGAUGGGGUAAGGUUAAAGAACCAGAUGAGACUAAAAGUAUUCUGGAAUUAUGAGACAUACUAGCCAAUGGAAAUGCUAAUUCCCUUGCUAUUGGCAUGGAUAACUGAUAUCAGUGACAAUUGUAAAAUAUGAGUGACUUUAUAAAAGCAAAGUUGCCAUUUUUGAAUUUGGACUAUUUACUGUCAAAUGGUCUAAAGAAAAUUAGGCUUUUUUUGCCUGAAAUUUCUACAGCAAUUCUUACUCUUGUCAGUAUAUUGAUGGGAGCCACAUAGAAACACUUCAGAUUCUCAAGGCUAAGGUUUCUUGUGUAAGUUAGGAGUAUUUUGAACAAAGUAUGAACUCUUUUCUGUAUGGGUUUACUGCAGCUUUAGCAACUUGGGACUGCUUUUAUAUUUACAAGAGUUGUGAAUAAUUUUCCAUUUGAAACUGCUAACAUAAUUUACUAAUGUUAAUAUAAUUUUCAUUACAUCUGAUAUUCCAGAAAUAAAAUUUACUAAACAUU